GUUUGAUUGAGGGGUUUGGGCGCCACCUAGAGGUCAAACCAAUAAAUGAAUUAACGUGGUUGCGUCUUUUGAACUGUUGUUGUGUGACUGAGUGGAGCAAAGACAAAAGUAGCUACUAGCUAACAAUGUCGAACAGCACUCGAAGUUUGCUCGAAAGCUCUUAUGAUAUCGGUCCAUGUGACUCGACACAGACUAGUUCAAUUGCAGAACAGCUAAGAGAACUGACAGACAAAGAAAUGCGUAUGGUAGAUUAUAGGAAUUGCAGUGUUCUCCAAUGCCUGACAUGCAACACAGUGCUUGGAGACUCUCUCGGCAUGUGCGGGGAAGUCCAGAGCCUAGAGAGUAUCAUUUGUUUGAAUGUUACUGAGGAUGUGAGGGUGAAUAAAAAGCUGGAAAUGAGUUUGAUUGGUAAACUGGCUUUCUCCACCUACCAGGUCCUUCACUGUGCUGGUUGCAAUGGUAGUGUUGGCCUGGUUCUUCACUCCACCCCAGAACACCUGUCUGCUUUACGAAAUCUCUUCCUUUUACGAAAAGAACUAAUCAACUGCUACAUGCUAAGAAGUGGCACAUGUGUUAAUGCCUCCAAAAUCAACUUCAAACACAGACUCGUGGACAAAAAUAUUAAAGAGCUGAAGCAGUAUUUAGAAGCUCAACUGAAGCAGGUGAAUAUUCUGGAGGACAUGAUGGAAAAAUUGUCCACACACACAACGUAAACUAAAGAAAUGGCAGGUGUGGAAUAUGUACAGCUUUCUUGUUGUAAAUAGAGUAUUUAUAUGUUUGUGUGAUGUAUUGAAUGGGAGU